AUGCCCCACAACACACACAAGUUCACUAACAAAAACCAUCAUUUUCCUUUCUUUCUCAAUUCAUCCACUUCUACUACAUACAAAAGGCGGUGGGAUUUAUAUGGUUUACACAGAGAUCUCGCCGGAGAUUCUGACAAGAUGAAGGAAAUGAGUUAUGACAUGAACAAUUCCUCAAUUCCAGUGAAGCACAAGCAAAUGAAGAUGUUUGUUAAGAUCGCUGUUUGUUUGAUUCUGAUGGGUUUUGCUUAUCGACUCUAUUUCUCAACUUAUGUUCAGAUUCGACCUGUGAUUGUGGUUUUUGGCGAUGGAUACAGCUCGUCGACGCCACCGUCGGUGGUGGAGGCUAAUUUCACACUUUCCGGUCAAGUUCCGGUGAAUGAUACUAGUUCGCUAAAGUGUGAUAUUUUCACCGGCAAAUGGGUUCAAGAUCUCACCGGCCCACGAUACACCAACAAUAGUUGCAACACAAUCGAACAUCAUCAAAAUUGUAUGAAAAACGGCCGCCCAGAUAUGGAUUACAUCUACUGGAGGUGGAAGCCACGUAAUUGCAAUUUACCCAUUUUCGACCCAAAAAUAUUUCUUAAUUUCAUGAGAGAAAAAUCAAUGGCAUUCAUCGGUGAUUCAAUCUCCCGCAACCAUGUGCAAUCGCUUCUCUGCAUUCUUUCUCAGGUAGAGAAACCAGUAGAGGUGUACCACGAUGAGGAAUACCGAACGCGAAGAUGGUUUUUUAAAUCACAUAAGUUUACACUUUCGGUGAUUUGGUCGCCUUUUUUAAUCGAAUCCAAAAUCUUUGAGGACAAUGACGGGCAUGCCUCAAGUGAUGUACAAGCCCGACUCGACGAGCCGGACCCUGAAUGGGCCAACGAGUUUCAUAACUUUGACUAUAUCGAAAUCGGUGCAGGGAAAUGGUUUUUGAAAACGACAUUCUACUUUGAGAACAAUGAGAUUAUCGGGUGUCAUAAUUGUAAAAAAGAGAAUGUACCCGAGCUAGGGUUUUAUUAUGCGUACCGUAAAGCUUUACAGACGACUCUCAGUUUUAUUACGAAAUCGGACCAUAAAGUUUACACAUUGUUUCGGACCACGACACCUGAUCAUUUUGAGAAUGGGGAGUGGAACACAGGUGGGUAUUGUAACCGGACGAGCCCGUUUAAAGAAGGUGAUAUAGAAUUGAGAGAUAUUGAUAUGGUAAUGAGAGGGAUUGAAUUGGAAGAAUUUGAGAAGGCGGUUCGGAUUAUGGACGGGUCAGGAAAUGGGUCGAUGUUGAAACUUUUUGAUACGACCCGUUUGUCUUUGCUGAGGCCUGAUGGGCACCCGGGUCCUUACCGGGCUUUCCAUCCGGAUACAAAUGGUGAAGUUCAAAAUGAUUGUUUGCAUUGGUGUUUGCCCGGCCCAAUUGACUCAUGGAAUGAUUUACUUAUGAACAUGUUGCUUAGAGGUUAAAGACAGUAGUGAGGUGUUAUCAAUGGUUUUUAUUUGGAUAAAACCAGAAAUGUCUUCGUUACUGAAGAUGAAGGUAUAUAACGGUUUAUAUAGUAGUUGACUAUGGUUUCCUAAGUUCGUUUGUUGGUAGGGUUAUAAUUAUAUAAUACAAGCCGGG